AUGGUGUUCUUUGGAACUGAUGGAUUCUCUGGAAAAUUCUACCAUUAUUGUGGGGAUAUUAUAGAGAAAGAUGUUGUAGAAUUUGUUCAGCCUAUUAGUCUUAGCAACUUUACUAGCAAGAUCAUUACCAAGCUAAUUUCUAGAAGACUGAAUCCUAUUCUACCUCUUAUGAUUUCUGAGAAUCAAAGUGGGUUUUUGAAAGGUAGGAUCAUCACUGAGAACAUCCAGUUAGCUCAAGAAAUUGUGCAAAAUGUCAAAAACAAGAACAAAGGAGGAAAUGUGGUGAUUAAGCUUGACAUGGCAAAGGCUUAUAACAUAAUGUCUUGGCCCUGUAUCUAUGCAGCAUUAAGAAAAUUUGAUUUCUCUGAGGAAGUUACAAAUCUUAUUAUGGGAAUUGUCUCUAAUGUAUGGUAUCCUAUCAUCAACAAUGGCACAAGGAAUGAUACUGGUGCAGUUAUUAACCAUUUGUCUUAUGCAGAUAAUAUUGUAAUUUUUUCAAGUGAAAAUUCCAAGUCAUUUAAAAUGAUCAUGAAACAGAUCCAUUGGUACAAUAAGAGCUCAGGAAAGAAGAUGAACAAGGAUAAGUGUUUUUUCCUUACAGCAUCUGGCACUACUCCUAGCAGGAUAAACAAUAUUAAAGAAGCUACUAGUUUUUUGGAUAAACAAUUUCCUUUUGAAUAUCUGGGAUGCCCCGUAUAUAUUGGUAGAAAAAGAGUAGAGUAUUUUGAGAAGAUGUUAUCAAAAGUGAUCAAACGACUUAGUGGAUGGCAAAGCAAUAUGCUUUCUCAUGGGGAAAGAUUGUCUUUGUUUAAGAGUGUAUUACAAUCAUUACCUAUUUAUACUCUAACUGCUUUAAGUCCUCCUAAAGGUACUAUUUUAUUAAUGGAAAAGCAUUUUGCAAAGUUCUUCUGGGGAUCCAGUAAUGACAAGAGAAACUAUCAUUGGUCCUCUUAG